AUGUCAAAGGCGGCGAGUGCGAUCGCUCGCAUAACUCGUGAGAUUUCCCAGGCCCAAAAGAAUCAAGACCUGUCUAUCGCCGUGGCCUGCAGGGAUAGCGACGUGCGACAUUUGCGUGCACUCAUCAUCGGACCUUGCGACACUCCAUAUGAGUUCGGCUUCUUCGAGUUCGACCUGCAUUUCCCGAGGGACUAUCCUAUUCGCUCCCCCGAGGUCCGAUGCAUCACCACAAACAGCGGCCGCACUCGUUUCAAUCCCAACAUCUACGCCGAAGGAAAAGUGUGUCUUUCAAUCCUAGGCACUUGGCGCGGCGAGCACGGUGAACAGUGGAGUAGUGCCCAGGGACUGGAGAGCGUGUUGCUGAGCAUACAAAGCCUCAUGAGCCCCAACCCAUACGAGAAUGAGCCAGGCUUUGAGAAGGUCAAGAAGGACGCACCGGAAUCAAUCGCGUACAUCGAAAAGAUCAGACACGAGUCUCUUCGAAUCUCAGUGAUUCAGCGCAUGGAAAAGCUGCUACUGAAUCAAUCGCGAGAUGCGGACAGGGUCUACGAUGCAGAAGCCGCAUUCAAUUCACUAGAAUCCAACCAUUGGGAUCCGUUUGCCGACCUUGAGAAGAGACGCUUCCUCUGGUACUACGACACUUAUCUGAGCAGCAUCGAGACACAUUCGCGCGAGCAGGACGACGGGACCAAAUUCACCAACACCCAAUUCGAAAGCCCCACGAAUGAGAUGGGCGGAUAUUUUGACUACAAAGGUCUGCGCAAGCGCCUUGAAGCCAUCCGUGAGGCUCUAGACCAGGAGUUAGUCACCUGGGAACGAGAUGGACGUAAGCAGACUGAGGAUGGUACUCAGCUCCCGACUCAGCUCCUAUUCGUUUACAACCAACUGAGGCCUAAAUGGAACGAUGCGCGCAGCUCUUCCGGACCCAGUUUAGAGAUCUCGCUUCCAGACGCGAAGAAUCCAUUCUUGUGGAACCUGACGCUGUACGGCGAACCCAUGACAGAUCUAGACGGCGGCGUCUUCAAUAUCAACUUGCACAUCCCCCCAACGUUCCCUAACGAUCAACCACGUGUCAUCUUCCAGACGAACAUAUUCCAUCAUCGCGUCAGCACUCGUGGGUUCCUGUGCUAUUUCCCUGAGAAGACAGACGAGAUUGAAUCUCACCUCAAAGCGAUCGUCGCAGCAAUCGCUGACACGAAUCCGCAGUAUGAUCCACGUGCGAUGGUCAAUGCGGAAUCAUUCAAUCUCUACUGGGGGGGUGAAGCGAAGCGCAAGAUUUACAAUCGUAAAUUGCGCCGCAGUGCACAAGCGAGCACAGAAUGA